AUGAACGAAACUAAUUAUGGACGGUCGGAUAUAACAAGUGACAAAGGAGGUCAAUACAGUAGUGGCUUUCUGUUUGUUUUGCCAGUCAUCUUCUGCAUGAUUUUUAUUGGAAAUGUUCUUCUUCUCGUUGCUAUCAAAUCAUUUCGCAGCCGGCGAGUUCCUGAUCAGCUUGUUGGUUCGUUAGCUGUGAUAGAUCUUCUAAAUGAUUUAGGACCCGUUUUAAUAUCGAUCGUCGUGUUUCAAAUCGAUCACCGAGGGUUUCAGAGUGGACGUAUAAGUUACGAGCUGUGCCACUUUUAUAACUGGAUUUCCUCGUUUCUUCGCCUGUCAGCUUCGUUUGUGGCGUCAUUAAUGGCUGUAGAUUGUUUCUGCGCAACCUUACAGCCGAUCUAUUACCGGACCAAAGUCACAUCUGACAAAGCAACCAAACUCAUUCUUUGUGUCGUGUUGUCGGGGGCAUUUAUAUCUGCACUUCCUGCAAUGGGCUGGGGAAGAGUUUUAGCUCACAGGGGAAUUUGCUCGUUCAACUUUAAUGGAGGCUUCGCUCUAUGCAUAGCCACAUUAGGAUAUGUGCAACUCAUAAUGGUGUUGACCUGUUUCAUCGCCGUAGCAAGAAAAAUGAGCAAAUAUGAAAAGCGAUUCAAUGGGCUUCGACGUGGUAGGACGCUGACCUUUCUAAAUGGCAGACUUCAGGCUAUGGAAAUGCAGACAGCAAAUGAAAGGCGAAUAUCACAUAUGGAUGAAAAUGGUAUUCAGGGUGGUAGCAAUAUCAAAAGAACAUGCAACACCACAAGAGGUAUGAGUACUUUGGCAGAGGACGACGACAGCAACAAAAUUACAGAGGAAAAAUGCGAACAAAAUGAAAUAAGACGCAGAGAAUCAAAAACAGAUCCCAGUGUCAAUCGGUGCAGUGUCAAUAGGAAUGUGAAGGAGAGCCGCCAGUUUACAAAGGUUCUUGGAUCAGUGGUGUUUCUAUUCUAUGUCAGCUGGAUGCCAAUCAUUGUAAGCCUAUCUUUAAUGCGCCAGCUUUUCGUUUCUGUAGCCCGUUAACCAGCAGUACAGGCAUUUUAUUGGGGCGAGUUAACGUAAAAGGUCGUGAUCGUUUAUUCGACAGGCCAUGUUUGAUCUGGCGCUAGAGUGGAAGUUGAGGGAAGAGAGCGGAAAAAAGUGAAAAGUCAUCUUCAGUGGUCCACCCCCCCUUCGCCUUCCUUUGGACCGUCGCCUACCCCCUUGGUAAAAAAUCUCAUUCUUUCCCCAGCCUUUCCCUGCUGUGAGAAUCAAAAGUGGCAGCUAUGACUCACAGAGAUAUUACUGAGCACUCGCCCGCCAAAACUACACCUCUGCAAGCUUUUAGCCAGUUACCCGAGAAGCAUUUUUUUUCUGUCUGUAAAGAGGAUUGAGGGGAGGGGGAAAGAGGAAGGAGGAUACGCCCACCAAUAAAACCUUAGUGCGAAAUCUUUGUCCAUUCAGUCCGGUCAGAGUGGGCACAUAAAUUGAUUUUUGGUUGGUUUAUCCACACAGUUUACUAUCACCGCAGAGUUAGCCACAGGUCAUCAUCACGAGGUUCUCCAGUCUCUAUCAGCCCAGAUGUCUCUUUUGUGCUCUGUGUUCAAUCCCUGGGUAUACUGUGGUCUUUCGCGUCCCUAUAGGGCAUCAUACAUUUGUGUCCUUAGGAGGCUGGGGAGAGUUUGUGGCCUUUCCAAAGCCAGUGAACACGACAUCAAAACUAUUGCUGAUACAGGCAGCCGUUUCAGAACUUCCAGU